AUGUACCCGUCACAAACCGUCGAAGAGUUCUUUGCUAGAGACACAAAAAUUCCGAUAAAAUUCAAUCAAGAUGUUCAAGGUCUUGGAAGUUUAAUCGGAACAGAUAAAAAUAAAGAAAUAUUGAAAGAUCAAAUUGUUGAAUUUCCUUUCUAUAUCGCAAAAGAACUUGUCGAAAGAGAAAUUUCAACUUUGCAAAUACCAAAACUGUUUGCAAAUGAUGUUAUGAAUGCAUUAAAAGUUACUCCCAUUAAUAUGAAUUUGAGAAACUAUUGUCCUCAGUGGCAAGAAGUUAUAAAUCGGGAACAUCAACUUUAUGGUGAUGAAAGACAAUAUCAGUUGGAUUUAACCAAAAUACACGAAUUCUCGGAUAUUCUCAAAAGGAGUAAAAUCGAUCGAGCUGUGGAAAUAUUGAAUAGAGCAAAACGUUUUUUUGAGGACCAUAAUGAUUUCUUGGAAAAAUUAGAUGACGAAGAAAGAAAAAUGUUUGAGGAACAGAGGCAAGUGUGUGAAGAAACUUAUGUUGAUUAUACAAAGAUUUGCACAUUAUAA